AGCUGCAGCUGGGCUCUCUUGGCAGUCACCAUGAGGGCGCUGGUCCUGCUCUGCUGCUUUGUGGCGUCGCUCCUGCUCCCGGGACAAGCAGAACUGCAAGUUUCUGCCUCGGGUGGCACAGAAGAUGUUGGCAAUGUGUUGGAGAACCCUUUCCCCGCGGGAGAUGCAAGUCUAGAGGAGAAGGAGAGGGGACUUUAUGCAGAGGCAGCCCCCCGAGACCAGAGUCGGCUCCUUCACUACCCGGACGGCGGGGAGGCCCAGAGCCCCGAGAAGACGGCCGCACCCACCGGCCCAGGCUCUGACCCCGAAGCUAGCCUCUCCAACGCCUCGGCAGCAGAGCUGGUGGCCCCCGGGGAGGAAGAAGUUGGCCCACCCAGCCCGGGGCCCCUUCCUCCAGGAGGGGACGACACUCCCAGGGCGGUGGGCAGGCCAGAGGUCAGUUCAGGAGAGGGUCCCCCGGAGGAGGCAGCCGGCCUGGGGCUCCCCGCAGAGGGGUCCACCAUGGAAGAGGCCAUAGGACUGGCUGGGAGUCACAUGGUCCCUGAGGAAGACACAGAGGUCCCACGGGACAGCCCUGAGGGGGGAGCAGCUUCAUGGACCCCAGAGCCUGGAGCCACUGGGGUUUCUGCUAGCACUGAGGUGGAGGGGCCCCCUGGCCUCCAGCCCAGAGGUGACCAGGACAGUCCUGGGUCCAAGAAGGGGCUGGAGGUGCCAGAUGGAGCUGUGGACAUGGACACAGAUGUUGGGGAGCAGCCUGGGGUCCCCAGGGAGCCCAACUUCAGUCUAGCCACAGAAGCUGAUAUGGAGACAGAAGACGUGCAGAACACUGAGGUGGGGGGUACCCAGGAGGACACCCCUGUGGAGGACCGUGCAUCAGGGGUGUCCUUGGAGGACCAGGACGCAGCAUCCUCUGAGGAGGAUACUGAUCUCAGCGGAGUGGAGGAGGAGGACAGUGGAGAUGGGGUCAGCUCUGAAGAAGCAGGAGAAACCUCUCAAGAGUCGGGGGAACCCUCCAAGGAAGAAUCCUCCAUAGAGACUAGGGAACCCCGGCAAGUUGGAGAUCCCAUUCAGGAAGUGGGGGAAUCCCAGGAGUCUGGGAAACCCCAGGGAACCCAGGAACUUGUAGACUCUGCUCAAGAAGUGGGGGGACCCCAGGAAGUUGGAGAACCCUCUGAGGAAGCUGGUCAGCUCUCCAAGGAAACUGGGGAACCCCAGGAAGCAGGAAGCAUGAGCCCUGGGGAUGGGGAGACUCCUGUCAACAUCGUGGCUGAGGAUGAGGCUGGGCUUGCUGAGGCAGAGGAUGAGGCCGGGCUUGCUGAGGCAGAGAAGUCCAAGGAGGGGCCUCAGGAAGAGGCCGAGGAUGUAAGCGAAGACGCCCCACUGAGGGACCGCUCCCACAUUGAGACCACACUGAUGCUGACUGAGGACAAGCCCUCCGAUGACUACUCAGCGGUGCUGCAGCGGCUGCGGAAGAUCUACCACUCGUCCAUCAAGCCGCUGGAGCAGUCCUACAAGUACAACGAGCUCCGGCAGCACGAGAUCACAGAUGGGGAGAUCACGUCCAAGCCCAUGGUGCUGUUCCUGGGGCCAUGGAGUGUCGGCAAGUCCACAAUGAUAAACUACCUCCUUGGCUUGGAAAACACUCGCUACCAGCUCUACACAGGUGCUGAGCCCACCACCUCUGAGUUCACGGUCCUCAUGCACGGGCCCAAGCUGAAAACCAUCGAGGGUAUCGUCAUGGCUGCGGACAGCGCCCGCUCCUUCUCGCCCCUGGAGAAGUUUGGCCAGAACUUUCUGGAAAAGCUGAUUGGAAUUGAGGUGCCCCACAAGCUUCUGGAGCGGGUCACUUUUGUGGACACACCAGGCAUCAUUGAGAACCGCAAGCAGCAGGAACGAGGGUACCCCUUCAAUGAUGUGUGCCAGUGGUUCAUCGACAGAGCCGACCUCAUCUUUGUGGUCUUUGACCCGACCAAACUGGAUGUGGGGCUGGAGCUGGAGACACUCUUCCGCCAGCUGAAGGGGCGUGAGUCCCAGAUCCGAAUCAUCCUCAACAAGGCGGACAAUCUGGCCACGCAGAUGCUCAUGCGGGUCUACGGUGCCCUGUUCUGGAGCCUGGCCCCCCUCAUCAAUGUCACAGAGCCCCCCAGGGUGUAUGUCAGCUCCUUUUGGCCCCAGGAAUACAGGGCUGACACCCACUGGGAUCUGUUUCUCAAGGAAGAGAUCUCCCUGCUGGAAGACUUGAACCAGGUCAUCGAGAACAGGCUGGAGAACAAGAUCGCCUUCAUCCGCCAGCACGCCAUCCGGGUCCGCAUCCACGCCCUCUUGGUGGACCGAUACCUGCAGACGUACAAGGACAAGAUGACCUUCUUCAGCGACGGAGAGAUGGUCUUCAAGGACAUUGUGGAAGACCCCGACAAGUUCUACAUCUUCAAAACCAUCCUGGCCAAGACCAAUGUCAGCAAGUUCGACCUCCCCAACCGCGAGGCCUACAAGGACUUCUUUGGCAUCAACCCCAUCCAUAGCUUCAAGCUCCUUUCCCAGCAGUGUUCCUACAUGGGGGGCUGCUUCCUGGAGAAGAUCGAGCGGGCCAUCACCCAGGAGCUGCCCAGCCUCCUGGGGAGCCUCGGGCUCGGAAAGAACCCUGGUUCUCCCAGCUGUGACAAAACAGGGUGUAGCGAAACCCCCAAGAAUCGCUAUAAGAAACACUAGGUGGGCGUGUGGCCACUCUUGGGUUCCUGUUGGUGAAUGAGCUUGUGUCCUGACUGUUGGAGAAGUCCUGGUUUAUUAACCCUUUGAGCCACAUGGGAAAGGAGCCUGGAGCAUUGGAGCCAGUGGGGGCAGGGAGGUGGAGAAACUGAAUUCCCACUUUGUUCCUGUGUGGGCUUCGGUGCAGGGGUGCUGAUUGGGGCACCAGGUCAGGUAACCCCACCUGCUUUUCCUGGGUCCUCUCUCAGAGGGACAGAGAGUAGCUUGGUUCCAGUGGACACUGGACUAAUGGGCACCCAGUGAGCUGGAAGCUGCUGAGCUUGCUUUCUCUCCCAUGAGCUGGGAAAAUAGAGAAGGCUGGAGCUCAGCAGGACUGCCCGGCCUUUGUGGCUCCUCCUCCACCCCCCACCCCCCACAAGUCUGUGUGUGCCCAGUCUGGCUGCCUCUUUAUUUUGGUUCACUCUCAACAGAGGGGCCAGUUUUUCUGGUCUGAAUGAACCUGGGUUCUGAGCCUGUCCCCAGCCACCCCAACCCCCAUUUCCCUAGGGGAGGGUGGAGUGGAGAAUGGUUUGGGAUGCCAGAGCCCUCAGAGCAGAGUUCCCAGGCCAGGAGCAGCCUCUGCCCCACAACCCCCAGGCCAUUUUCCCCAAGGAGUCUUUCAAGCCAGCCGGGAAGCUCAGUCCCUUUGUAGCCCUCCAGGGAAGGGUGAGUGGACUCAGGUCAUUGAGUUCUUGGAAGUGACUUCAGAGGAAGCACCAGAAGGGCUCAGAGGGUUAAUUGGUUUGCAGUGUGUCUUUGUCUAUUGCAUGUCUUGGAAAACUCAGACCCCAAAGGUGCUGGGUUUGGGGGGACAAUGGAGGCUGCUUGCCUUGUCACCAUUUAAGAGGAGGGGCCCCUGAGACUUCACUGUGGAAGCACUCUCGGCAGGAGGAGCCCCUUCCUGGUUUUCAUCAAUGUGCCUUUUCCCCUUCCUUUCUUCUCCAUUCCCUGAUGUGCUGACUUAAAGCUUGGAGCAGUCUCCCAGGAGUCAGAACCAGCACCAGUCCCUUGGUGUCAUGGUGACCGGGCUCAGUUUGGCACCUGAACUGGACACUGUGGUCCACUGACACACUGCAAGAAAACCAGGGCCUCCAGAUACCGACGAGUGUGCAUAUGUGUGUGUUUCAUUGUCCAAGAGAGAUUAGGGAGAUAGCAGAUACCAGAGGGCACAGAGAAAGGGCUUGCCGUGGGAUUCUUGGUGCAAGGUCACCUUAGAGGGUGGUGAAUGGGGGGUCAGGGAGAGCAGGAAGACUUUGGGGGAGGGAAGAAGCCUUUGAUGAAAAGUGGGUGGGUGGACUGUUUGCAAAUCAGAGAGUCCUACCCAGGGCUGCCCAGAGGAGCUCCUCCCUGGAGAACUAGCCUCUCCUGGGACCAAGCUGUCCCAGAGACUUAACCAUAGGGCAUGACCAGGAGCCUCCGGCGCCGGAAGUUACUCUGCAAUAGAAGGACAGUGAAUGAAGACGGCAGAGGGAAGGGCACUCUGAGCAUGGAUUAGGUGGUAGAAACUAACUGUGAUCAGGCCAGGUCCAUGCAGACGAUGGUGAGUUUGGAAUUCCUGUCUGUAUCAGCAGCACUCGGUACUCUGCAGAGAGACUGGUGCUUUGGGCUUUGUGGAGAGCCUGUGGGAAGCCCAGAGGCUCCUAAUUGUCCCAGACACAGUCCUAAGGACAGAGCCAACCAGAAGGUUUGAAAAGGGGGUGCUAAGGGCACCCCAGGAACUCGGUGACCAGGGCUGAGUAUGCUACAGUCUCUUCUGGGCUUUCCUGUUCACUGACACCAAGCCCAGAAGACACCAAGCCUGCCUCCUCUGCCUGUCACCUGCUCUUCAGUGUCCUUGAUGCCAUGGGCCACACUGGAGGAUCUGGCUUUUCUGAGCUGGAGGAAGCAGGAGGUGCAGAGCUGUGUGGGCAUCAGCCUGGGUAUUGAUGCCACCUUGCUUUGGAGGAAGUGGGUGGACGCGGCUAAAUAAGCCCACACUGUCUUGACAUUUUCAGGGGUCUGGAUUAUCAGUGGCCCCGUCUUCCCUGCUCAGACUUUUCUUGUCUGUUUUCCUUACUUUCUCCUGUCUAUCCAUCUGCCCAAAGACUUCUCAGUCAACCAUGGAGGCAGAUUUCAAACAGAAUUCAGGCUGUCUAAGGGUUGGGUGGGAACCAAGGAGGGGGGUUAGGAUCCAGAUCCCCCCAAGAGAAAUAUCUGUAUUUGUGUCCAGAAAGUAGCUGUUUCUCUCCAAACUGGAAUUUUUCCAGGGUUCUUUCUAUUCUGAUUCCACCAGGGAGAAAGUCUCAAUAAAGUUCCAAUCUCUCUGCAACACUU